AUAUAAAGAAAAUUAUCUUUUUGUUCUUAAAAAGUGCGAUAAGUUUUAAGCUAAAUUACUUAUUUAAAUCGAUAAUUUCCUCUUCGUGGCACUUUCUAAAAUUAUUCGAAAUACUACUUUCGCAACAAUGCAGUUCUUGACUUUGUUUGCUGUAGGAGUUUUGAUUGCUUCGGCCUAUGCUGAUGCUGAAUGCUUUGAAAGAAAGUCAAAUGAGUGCAAGGCACGGUCUCUGAGCGAAGCUGCGGCUGAAUUUGAAUUGGACUUCUGUGACUAUCAUAAGAAAUUGUUCAGAUGUCUCGCCGAUGCAGCUGCAGAUUGCAAUAUGAAAUUCCAAAAGUCAGCUGAGAAGGUGGCCGAGACCGUGGAGAAUCUUUGCACAAAGGGAACUCCUCUGGCUAGAGAAUUCAACCAGCACAAGAAAUGCCUCGUGCAAGCUGUUUCCGAAACUAAAUGCUUCACACCAAUUGUUGAAAGCCUGAUUACCGAAGAUAAAGAAGAAAGCCGAAGAGAUGCCUGCAACCAGGUAGAAACCGUUGCCGAGUGCGUGGCCAAACAGGUGGCCCGUUCCUGCAGCAGACUGACCGAAACUUUCUUCCGCUACAUCUCCCGCCCUCUGGUGGACUUGCACAAAGGCUACUGCGAAGAAGUAGUAUUUGAGAAUUCGAAGCGCUCUGUACAGGCUGCAAUGCCAAACUUCUUCGAACUCUGGAGUUUGACAUUUUAAAGCUUCUCUGUAAUCAUUGAAAUUAAAAUGAAAUAAAUUAUUGAUGAUUUUACAGCUUUUA